AUGGACAGGAACAUCAUCGACGCUGCAAGUGGUGGAGCUCUAGUAAAUAAGACGCCGGCACAAGCUUGGGAUCUUAUUGCGAGGAUGGCUGAAAACACGCAGCAAUUUGGUUCAAGGGAUGUUGGACAGAUGAGCGGAAACAACAGUGAGCAUGCCAUCCAAUCGAUGCAACAACAACUUUCUGAGUUGACGAGCUUUGUUCGGAAGAUGGUCGUGGAAAAAUCCAACACGAGUGUCCAGGUCAAGGUGUGUGGAAUAUGCACGAGUGCAGGACACCCUACAGAUGCAUGUCCGACCCUCCAAGAAGAACGUGCAGUGGAUGUGAACACUGCAAACUACGGUAUGAAUAGACCUCCAGCGUACAAUCCAUACUCCAACACCUACAAUCCAAGCUGGAGAGAUCAUCCGAACCUGCAUUAUGGAAAUGCACAACAGGGUAAUGCUCAUCAACCAUUUGGAGCUAUGCAGCAGAUGCAACAACCUCGUUUCUAUGAAAAACAGCCGCCUCAAGCACCCACAAGCAACUCCAAUCCAUCUUUGGAAGACUUGGUGAAGUCUAUGGCUACCAGUACCCUGCAAUUCCAGCAAGAGAUAAAGUCAACUGUUAACAAAUUACAAGGUCAGAUCAAUCAAGUGUCAGAGGAGGUGAAACACCUACGUGAAAGAGGAAAGUGGCCUGCUCAGCCUGAGCCAAAUCCAGCAAAUGUCAGCGCCAUCACUAUCUGCAGUGAUACGAUGAUUGAAUGUUCCUCCCGGCCUAAUCCAAGGAAUACGAGUGCUAUAACCCUUCGUAGCGGAAAGGAAUUGGAAGGUCCACCUCCUAUCUCGAAGGAACAGAAUGAGGAUAAGAUUGAGAUGAAGAUUGAAAAAGAGGCCGAACUUCACGAAAAUGUACUUCCUGACUCUGUUCCUCCUACUGAAACUAAAUCAGCUCCGUUUCCUGACAGGUUGAAGAAACCACAAAAGGCAAACAAACGAAAAGAGAUGAUGGAAAUAUUCAAGAAGGUGGAACUUAAUAUCCCACUCCUGGAAGCUAUCAACCAAAUCCCCAAGUACGCAAAGUUUUUGAAAGAACUGUGCACCACCAAAAGAAAAUUGCGAGGGGACGAGCAUAUUAUAGCGGGUGAGAACGUUUCUGCUGUUAUCAAAAGAAAGGUACCACCUAAAACAGGUGAUCCAGGUAUGUUUUCUAUCCCUUGUAAGAUUGGAAAAACUGAGAUAACUAAGGCUAUGUUAGAUCUAGGAGCUGCUAUUAAUGUCAUGCCUCGAUCAAUAUACGACUCUUUAAAUCUAGGGCCUUUAAAAGAAACAGGAAUUAUUAUUCAACUUGCUGAUCGAACCCAUGCUUAUCCCGAUGGUAUGAUAGAAGAUGUAUUAGUUCAAGUGAAUGAAUUGAUUUUUCCUGUUGAUUUUUAUAUUCUGGAUAUGCAUGAUGCGCACUGCUCUAAUCCACCGCCUCUUUUGUUAGGAAGACCUUUUAUGUGCACUGCAGGAACAAAGAUAGAUGUUAAAAAGGGCACACUCAGCUUGGAGUUUGAUGGAGAAGAAUUUCAUUUCACUAUUUUUAAUCCCAUCAAAUGUCCUGUUGAAUCUAAAUCGUUAUAUGCAAUUAAUGUUAUUAAUUCUGUGGUGCAGGAAACUUGUGAAGUUGGUAAUGAGAAUAAACGAAGAACUGUGUUGACAAAACAGUUAGAGAAAAGACCAACUGGAGAGAGUAAGAAAAAAAAAAAAGAUUGUCGAAAAGUGGAGAUGGAUUCCCAAGGGAUCACCAUUGCUGGCAGCAAAAAAAUAUCAUAA